AUGUUGAAGAUUUGGUCUAUGAAAAAGGAGCAGCAGAAGGCCGAGAAUGCGGCUGGGGCUGAAAGUGGCGGGAAGAAAAAGAAGGUCACGGCGGCGCAGUUGCGGGUGCAGAAAGAUCUCAGCGAGCUUUCACUAGGCAGCACAAUGAAGACCGAGUUUCCGGACCCAGACGAUAUCCUCAACUUCAUCCUCUACAUCGAGCCGGACGAGGGCAUGUACAAAGGCGGCAAGUUCAGCUUCACCUUCAACAUCACACCCAACUUCCCGCACGAGCCGCCCAAGGUGCAGUGCCGCGAAAAGAUCUACCACCCCAAUAUCGACCUGGAAGGCAAGGUGUGCCUUAACAUUCUGCGCGAGGACUGGAAGCCCGUACUCAACCUGAACGCCGUCAUCGUUGGCCUACAGUUCCUCUUCCUCGAGCCCAACGCGAGCGACCCGCUGAACAAGGAGGCUGCCGAAGACCUGCGGUCCAACAGGGAAGGCUUCAAACGCAACGUCAGGACAGCUAUGUCGGGCGGUACGGUCAAGGGUCAGACGUAUGAACGGGUUGUCCAGUAG